CAACUGAGGAUCGAUCAACUGAAGCACACAAUGGACUCCAAAGUACCCUUGUCGCAUUCAUUGUGGUCGCCAUACGACACAGUCAAGGACGCCGCCGAUUCACUAGGGAUAAAUUUGCCCGAUGAAGCCGCCAAAAACCUAGCCAUGGAUGUUGAGUACCGCAUCCACGAGAUUCUCGAAACCGCCAUCAAAAUCAUGCGUCACUCCAAACGGAAGCUCCUCAUGACUACCGACAUCAAUCACGCCCUCAAGAUCCUCAACGUCGAACCAUUAUAUGGCUAUGACAACUCACAGCCGCUUCUGUUCAAGGAGACGUUGGUAGGCACCGGCGGGCAGACGUUGUACUAUAUCGACGAUCAGGAAAUCGAAUUUGAGAAAUUAAUCAAUCAGGAAUUGCCCAAGGUUCCUAGACAAACCACAUUCACGGCCCACUGGUUGGCCAUUGAAGGCGUGCAGCCCAUGGUUCCCCAGAACCCCUUGCCUUCGGAAAUCAAGAGUCUUCCACCUAUUAUCCGUGGUGCCACCUCGUCGAUUCUCGGCAAUGACAUAUUGAGUUUUGCCGGUGGUGCUGGUGUCGACGGCAAGGAUGCACAACCUGGUAAGGACAAGAAGGACUCCGCUUCAGCUGCGGCGGCUGCGGCCACAGAACGAGAACUCGAAGUGAAACCAUUAGUUAAACAUGUCUUGUCCAAGGAAUUAAAGUUGUAUUUCGAUAAAGUCGUCGAAGUUUUAAUCUCGUCUGACCCAGAAAAAGAACCCCUCAGGCAAGCCGCAUUGAGUUCGUUAAGAAGCGACCCGGGUUUGCAUCAAUUAGUGCCCUACUUUACCCAAUUCGUAUCGGCGCAAAUCACGGACCAGUUAAGAAACAUUGACAUUCUCAUAACGAUGCUUGAGGUCAUUUCCGCACUUGUGGAAAACAAAACCAUAUUCUUGAAUCCCUAUGUGCAUGCACUAAUGCCAUCUAUCUUGACUCUUCUUUUGGCCAAGAGAAUCGGACCCGUGAUCAAGGAAACCACCACUAAGGAAUCACAAGAGUUGUUGAUGCGACAAUUACAAGUGAGAACAUUCGCUUCCAUCUUGCUCAAGCAUAUCAUUGAAGUUUACGGAUCGUCAUAUUCUACAUUACGUCCAAGAGUAACCCGAACUUUACUCCGAGCACUAUUGGACUAUUCCAAGCCGAUGGAGACCCACUACGGUGCCUUACUCGGAUUGAAGAACAUGGGUCCUGAAGUUAUAAAGUUGGUUCUCAUUGGUAACUUACGGGUAUGGUGCAAGCUGGUUGUUGAGGACUCUACAAAAACGAGCGAGUAUGAACAGAAAAUCUUGCUCGACACCGUAUUGGAAAUCCUCCGCAAGUUAAAAGUACAAAAGGAGGAAUCAGACAUGGAUGUAGAUAUCUCUGACAAGUUGAAGGAAAAAUUAAAGGAGAGAAUAGGCGAAAAGUUGGCUGAUUUAGUGUUGCUGCAAGACGACGCCAAGAGCAUCGUCGAAGGUAUAUUCUUUGGCGAGUUAGUUGUAUAAAUAGUAGUAAUAUUACAUUGUAUAAUUAUUCAGAAUCCGAAUGUAAUAGUUGUUGAUCAGGAAGCGACUCCGACCUUUUGAAUAAGCCGGCAGUGUAAAAUGGUGAAUCUUCCAAGGGGAUUGGUUCCCCUGGUCGCUUCUUUCGUGUAGAUGAUGUGAUUUCUUUCAAUGGUGACGAAUUUACUGCUUGUAAUGGUGUCUUUUCUAUAAAUGGAGAUUUGAUCUUUUGUGGUGUUACGGCAACUAACGUGGCACGGUCAUCUCGUUUUCCCGGCUUUAAGAAGUUGUCAUUGGGAGUCUCGGGAAUUGCAUAGUACGGUUUCGUCUUUUGCGGAGUAGCUUCGAUGACAAUAUUAGGUUUCUUAAUUGGUGUUGCAUCGAUCUGUGAGAACGAUCUCAGUUUGACAGGAGUAGCAACGACAAUUGGGUCUGUACUUUUUACCGACUUGCUUCGUUUAGCGUUUCCAAAUAUGAAUGAUGGUUGUUCUGGCUCUGGCUCGACAGUCACCGCUGCCUUGACAUUCAAAUCAACCUGUCGUCUCGUCAAACUCUUGGAUGAUAAAUUAGACUUGGAUCGUUUGAGUGAAGUUAAAAAGUCAUUCAGGUUGGAUAAUGUGGAAUCAGAUGCAAAUGUAGCUGCAUUUCGAAGUGUAGGUGGCUGUUUCUCCAAGAGCACUUUUUUGAAUUUUGAAUGCUUGUGUUUACUUUCAUGUUUUGGCUGAUCUUCUGACGUAGCCUUCUUUGUUCGUUUAGCUGGUUUCGAGACUAGCUUCAUAUUCAGUCCUUUGAUAUUAUCCACGAGAUACUUCACCAAAUGUGGUAGUUUCUUGUUAUAGUACGGAACAAGAACAUACGCCAUGAAUCCGUAAUUAUUAUCACUUCUCGACGUAGUUAAUGCAUCCCAAAGCCCCAUUCGAUCAAUAAGGUUGUUUAAUGUAGUAUAAUAUUCAUACAUUUCAUCAACGGGUUUCGUAUGUGUCACUUCCGGUUUCUCGAUUUCUACACCGACGCCCAUACCAAGGAAUGUCGGUAUGAUUUUCUUCUUUCCCUUUCUAGAUCUAAUCAAGGAUCGUUUCGAAAGUUCCUUCUCUCGUUUUCGACG